GAGAGGGCGUGGGGGAGAGCAGGAGGUGACUAUGAGGAGGAGAACAGGGAGGACACUGGCAGGCGGCUCAAACGAGCCCACCUGUCGAGCAGGUGAUGGAGCGCGAUCACCUGAGCUCUCCCGAAUGGCAGGAGAACAGGGUCGAAGGUGGUUCCCGCGUUUUCCUCACGGCCGCUAGAGGGGAUCCCUCCAGGUGAACGCCAAACUCUAACCCCAGGGCUCUCGCCUCUACGCUUCAAGCAAGCUUUACCAGGGCUGUCUCCCGACCGGGUUAUGUCCCGCCCAUCUCCUGCUCGAAGCCACUCUCCUGUGCUAAAACCCUGCCAGUUUUUGACUGGCGGGCAGCCUGGCAAAUCAAAUCGCGGCUCUUGGAAGCAAAACACUACAGCAGCCUGGCGAAGCCCCGAGUUCGGAAGGACUUUCAGGAGGCUGUGCCUCCGGGUUGCAAGAAGCGGCCAAGUCGUUUCUCAGAAAUCUGUGAUAGGCGGACCUGAGAGGAAACGCCGCAGAGUGCCACAAGAAGCAGAAGGCACACCCCUGCCUGCCUGGGAGACAGAACUUGGAGGAGGAGGUGGCGGCAGUGCAUCUGCCAGAAGAGUCUAGAGAAACGCUUCUUCGGAAGGAAGAGAGGGUUGACGGAAGGAGCUGAAGCCGCGAGGAGACAUGGCUUCGGGCUCCAGCCCGGCUUCGCAGCAGCUGUGCUCUCAGCCAGGCGUGUGCCACUAGGACAGCAGCCAUGGACGGAGCCCGCAGCGCGGUCCUGCAGGUGCAGCCACUCCCACCCACCGGCAGUGCUACUCCUGUGAGCGAGGGAUCCUUCUCCUACAAGGAGAACUUGAUUGGUGCCCUCCUGGCCAUUUUCGGACACCUUGUGGUCAGCAUUGCACUUAACCUUCAGAAGUACUGUCACAUCCGUCUGGCAGGCACCAAGGACCCCCGGGCCUACUUCAAGACCAAGACAUGGUGGCUUGGGCUAUUCCUGCUGCUGCUGGGGGAGCUGGGCGUGUUCGCCUCCUACGCCUUCGCUCCCCUCUCGCUCAUCGUGCCCCUCGGCGCAGUCUCUGUUAUAGCUAGUGCCAUCAUAGGGAUCAUAUUCAUCAAAGAAAAAUGGAAACCAAAAGACUUCCUGAGGCGCUACAUCCUGUCCUUUGUGGGCUGCGGCCUGGCCGUUGUGGGCACCUACCUGCUGGUGACUUUUGCACCUAAUAGUCACGAGAAGAUGACGGGCGAGAACAUUACUAGGCACCUUGUGAGCUGGCCUUUUCUGCUGUACACGCUCCUGGAGAUCGUGCUCUUCUGCUUGCUGCUGUACUUCUACAAGGAGAAGAAUGCCAACAACAUCAUUGUCAUUCUCCUCUUGGUGGCCUUGCUCGGCUCCAUGACAGUGGUGACAGUCAAGGCUGUAUCUGGAAUGCUGGUCCUGUCCAUCCAAGGGGACCUGCAGCUCGACUACCCCAUCUUCUACGUCAUGUUUGUGUGCAUGGUGGCCACCGCCAUCUACCAGGCUGCGUUUUUAAGUCAAGCCUCCCAGAUGUACGACUCCUCUCUGAUUGCCAGCGUGGGCUACAUCCUGUCCACAACCGUGGCCAUCACAGCAGGUGCCAUCUUCUACCUGGACUUCAUCGGGGAGGAUGUGCUGCACAUCUGCAUGUUCGCGCUGGGGUGCCUUAUUGCCUUCCUGGGUGUCUUCCUCAUCACUCGAAACAGGAAGAAGGCCAUUCCAUUUGAGCCCUAUAUCUCCAUGGAUGCCAUGCCAGGUAUGCAAAACAUGCAUGACAAGGGGAUGGCAGUGCAGCCCGACCUCAAGGCGUCUUUUUCCUACGGAGCCCUGGAAAACAAUGACACCAUCUCUGAGAUCUACGCACCUGCCACACUGCCAGUCAUGCAAGAAGAACACGGCUCCAGGAACACCUCUGGGGUUCCCUACCGAGUUCUGGAACACAACAAGAAAGAAUGAGCUCCUCCAGAACGUGGUUCACGUAUCCCGGAUUUGUGACCGCUUAGGCACAGUUAACAGUGGUCUGCCCCCGAUUCUUGCUUUUCCAAAUCUGCUUUUUUUUUUUUUUUUGACUGAGACAGUAAUGGGCGGGCACAGUAGACACGGGGUAUGUUGUCUUGGUUUUGCACAUUUCCCAUGGUGAGUUGUGGAUGAAAGCAGCGUUCUCGGUGGGCAGUCUGAUCGCAUAGCCUCUGCCACCCUUCAGGACACUGAGGGUCCCCAGUCAAGGACCAAGGGUUGCCACCUGCUUAGAGCUAGCGUGAGACAGAGACUGCAUUCUCAUUGUGCAAACCCAGCGGAAGACUGGUGUGACUCACGUCUCCCAGCUUCCCCUGCCUGCCGUGCACGCCCGCUUUAGCCCAUCCCACUCCUAGAUCCUUGUGCGCAGUGGCAUCCAUGCCAACCCCAGCUGAAAGAUUCCCCAUCCAUGCUCUGGCCAGGUAUGCCUGCCUGCCAAGUGUCUGUUAGAGACGCACUUCAUGUGUGUAUAAAGGAUCCACUUGGAAAACUGGCCUGGGUCUGGGCCCAUGGUAACUUCAUGGUGGCUGUUCCCCAAACCGCCCCCCUGCAAGGAACUAAGAAGAAUGAAAAAGGGGGAGGAGAAUAGGAGGGAUAGGAGCAAGGGGCUGAGACGUAAACCACAAAAGAGGAAAGUCUCUGAAUCUUCCAGAAGGCAAAUGCAUGGCAUGUAAAAGGAGACAGAACUUCUCGCUGUUUAACGGGUUACUUUUUUUUUCCUGCCUCCCGCCACCCCGAACCCCAGGCAAGAUCCAAAUCAGGUGGGGCUCACUGUGGAGAGCUGCCUUCUCUCCUCUGUAGAGCCACCCACUGACACUGCUUCAGGUCACUGGGGUCCUCUGGCUCUACCUGCAGGUCUAGGAGAAUUCAGCCUUCGCAAACCUGCCCUAGCCAUGGCACAACAGAAUUCCCUUAGACUGACAGCAGCCUGUCAAAGAAGACAAGGAGAGCUUUGACAACCUAGAGGAGGAUGAAGAUCCCUGGGAGUUCACUUAGAGGGCAUUCUCCCACCCCUAGCUGCAGGGCUGCUGAGUAGAGGGCACUCAGAACUGACUCUGCAGUUGACCUUGAUGUCUGGAGUCUGGAGACCAUAGGCUGAGACCCUAGCUUCCCCCAACCUGUUCCCUGGCCUACUGCUCCCAAGCUGUAGCCUUGUCCCUCCCACAAAACACCUCUUCCAUUGCACCUGCUGCUUCCCAAGGCAGCUCUCAACCCACAGUGUUCCCAGACCAGUGUUCAGAGAUGGUAUAUCUGUGGGUCGUGCUUUCUGCUGACUCAGUCCCCUGCUUUUGAAGACUCCCAUCUGUUGCUGCAAUAACCCUGCUGUGUUAUGUCUGAGAGACCCAAGAAGGCAACAGUUGACUUCAUCCUCGGACUGUGUGUGAAGUAUCCAGG